CAACAAAGCAAAGGAGCAGUUUGCGCGCGAACGAGAGCGAGAGCCAAGAAGCAGAAGAAGCAAACAGACCGAGGUUCGCUUUCACACAUCUCAUCAUUGUCUUCAUCAGCCAGCCCACAGGAGCACGUUGGUUGGUUGGUUGGUUGGUUGGCGCGAACGAGCGACACAACACAAAGAAGGUCAGGCAUGAGCGCCAUCAACAACAACAACAACAACGAUGGCAGCCACAGCACCAGCACGGACAAUGGCAGCAGCCGUGCAAGCACCAACGGCACAAACAUCCUUGGCGGGCUUCCACCUGGGUUUUUGGUCAAUGACUUGGAUGCCGUGAUUCGUGAGCGCAAAGCCGUGUUCCAACGCCGAACACAGGUGGCACGCAUGCUGACCCUCUGUCACAAACAGCUGACGCCUUCCCAACACGCAAAGCUGACACAGUAUCUUGCAAAAGCUGGGGAUGCCACGAGUGACGAGGAGCAACGCAGGUUGCGUUUUCUGCAACGGCUCACACAGCUGCCUAUCGUCGGUGCAGCCGUAGCACCGAGCGCGGCAACCACAAAAUCAGCCGCCCAAAACGACCCACUCGCACAACAACAGCCAGAACAAAGGCCCGCGUCCGCCAACGGAGAGCCAACUGCCGUGGACACAGCAGCUACGGCCCCUGCAAAGGAAGCAGUACAAGCGCCAGCAGCUACCGCCAACAGCAACGCCAGUGGGCCAGUUUCAGAGCAAGCAGACACCCAAGAGCCCGCAGGGUCCGGCACCGACAACACUUUGACCUCUCAGCAGCCACCUUCUGUAACACCAACACCCGACGCCGACGACAACAUCGACGCCGACAGCAGCAGCAGCAGCAGCAGCAGCAGCAACAAUAACAGCAACAACAAUGGGGCGAAGCGUGUGGAUGGGCCAGCCAAGGAGGAACAGCUUGGGAAGGUGGGUGAGGGCGAAGGUGGUGCCUUCAGCAGCCAGGAAGAACAGAGCCAGGCAUCAACCGCCUCAACAUCGCCGCCACAGGAUGGCGACGAAGAGCGAGAGGGGAAGGAGGGCGAGGAGAACAAGGCAGCGCUGAAGGCACCUUUGGUUGGUGGCGAAGACGAAGAGGGAAACGCCAAACUGGAGAAGAUGACCAAGGAGGCAGACACAACGCAGCAGGAGAGCAGAGGGCAGACAGACCAGGCACAAGAAGAGGAAGGAAGGAAGUGCGAAGAAGAGAACGAGGAAGAGCGAACGGAAGGAAGUGAGGAGAAGGAGAACGAAGACACUGAGGCGGACAAGAAUGAGGAGAAGAACGGCAGUGAUCAGGAGAAGAGCGAGAAGGAAGGCGGAGACACGGAGACAGCGCCAACCAAGCAAUCGACAUCACGCCAAGAAGACACAGAUUCAGACACUGGCAACGCUCUUCCGCAUGCCGACACGAAGGGCGCUGAAGAUUCGGUCAUGGACACCAGACCAGACGUCUCACCGUCAUCGGCAGCAACAGCAACAGAUGUUGGUGCCACCACGGAAACUACAACACCACCCAUCAGCACACCAACUGCCAGUGCCACUCCUGCUGCUCAGGAGCUGCGAGAAGAAGAGGAGGUGGUGAACGAUGCCGUAUUGGAGGACAUCAAGCGCCAGUGUGCGCGGUAUCGCUUGCUUGCACGCAACUUUGUUUACAACGACCCAGCCAAGCGCGAGAAGCAGAGUUUGGCCAAGUUGAAGGAGCCGCUCACCACCAGCUUUGCGCGCCACAUGUAUGCGCACAUCAAAUCGCGGGAGUUUCGCGUGGCGAGCCGCAUCUCGUACCGCAUCAACGAGCUGCAGACGCUGCCCACCUCUCUCAACGCCGCCAGCAGGUGCGCCGCCUUGAAGGAACUCCUCGCCCUCAGGCUCAAGGACGUCCAGGCCAAGGUUCGCGAACAGGUGCUUACUGCAGCGCGCGGGACCACGAGUGGGCUGACCUGCUAUCGGCGCCAGGCACUUCGCGUCAUCCGGCCCCUCAGCGUCCGCGACGUGAGUGCACAGAGAAGCAGAUGGGGGGUGGGAGGGGGCGGUAUAUGUGGGAAAGAGAGAGUGUGUGUUUUAUUGUGUGUGCGUGUUUGCAACAAGGGGAGAGGGCUGGCCUUUUGGGCGCGACGGCGCACGAAGAAGUUGUGUCGUGCUGUCAUGACGUAUCACACGCAGCUUGAGAAGCGCAAGCAACAGGAGCAAGAACGCCUGGAGAAGGAGCGCUUGAAACUCCUCAUGGCACAAGACACAGAAGGGUACAAGAAGCUGUUGGAUGAGAAGAAGGACACGCGAAAGACAUAUCUGCUCAACAAGAUUGAAGAGCGCAUGCAGAUUAUGAGUGACAAGAUCCAAACCCACCAGAAAGCAGAGAAGGCGGCACGGCAGGCGCAGGCGGGCGAGGGAGAAGAGACGGAAGGCGGAGAGGAAGGGGCAGGGGAGGAAGAAGAGGAGGAAGAGGAGGAAGAGGCCUCGCUUGGAUUCGAUGCACACGCCGUGAAGGAAACGAUUGAGCAGCAGCCGUACAUGCUGGUGGGCGGAACCCUCAAACCGUACCAGAUGGUUGGCUUGGAGUGGCUCGUGUCGCUGUACAACAACCGCCUCAACGGCAUCCUUGCUGACGAGAUGGGUCUUGGCAAGACCAUUCAGACCAUUGCCCUCCUCACCUACCUCGCCGAGAAGAAGAAUAACUUUGGGCCGUUUCUCAUCAUCGUACCCCUCGCCACCCUCUCAAACUGGACGCUCGAAUUCGAAAAGUGGGCACCUACCUUUGACACCAUCACGUACAAGGGCACAAAGCACGAGCGACGCGCAUAUGCGCACCGCAUCUUGGAGGGCCGCUUCAACGUCCUCGUCACCACCUAUGAAAUGAUCUUGCGCGAGCGUUCCGUCCUGUCAAAGGUGCAGUGGCAAUACCUCGUGGUUGACGAGGGCCACCGCAUGAAGAAUGCUCAGAACAAGCUCAGCCGCACGCUUGUUGAGUACUUCACCUCCACACGCCGCCUGCUGCUCACAGGAACACCGCUGCAGAACAACCUGCCGGAGCUGUGGGCGCUCCUCAACUUUCUCCUUCCAGACGUCUUCAACUCCAGCGAGACCUUUGACUCGUGGUUCAAUGCGCCGUUUGCGGGCACGGGCGAAAACAUGCAACUUGAUGCAGAGGAGAAGCAUCUGAUUAUUCUUCAGCUGCACAAAAUCCUGCGCCCAUUCCUCCUUCGCCGCCUCAAAAAGGAAGUGGAGACCCAACUCCCAGACAAGGUUGAGUAUGUGCUUCGGUGUGACAUGUCGGCGCUGCAGCGGAAGGUGUAUGCGCUGCUGCAGAAGUACGGCGUCACGCUGCCCGUGGAGCCGGACGAGACCAAGAAGGUGUUUGCGCUCCAGGACGCGUCGUCCGUCAACAAGUUGCGCAACAUGAUCAUGCAGCUGCGCAAGCUGUGCUGUCACCCGUUCCUCUUUGAGGAGGUGGAGAGGGCGUACCUUGAGCACGCUGCGGCCGAGAUGGGCAUGGACAAGGCGGCCCUCACCAACGGACCGGAGUUGUGGCGCGCGUGCGGCAAGUUUGAACUGCUUGACCGAAUGCUGCCCAAGCUUCGCGCUGGCAGACACCGCACCCUCAUCUUCAGCCAGUUUACGUCCCUGCUCACCGUGCUUGAGGACUACUUUGCCGCAAAGGGCAUCAAGUACCUGCGCAUGGAUGGUUCCACAUCUGCUGACGACCGCGCUGAGUUGCUGCGCCUCUUCAACGCCCCGGAUUCCGAAUACGAGAUUUUCAUCCUCAGCACGCGCGCCGGUGGUCUCGGCCUCAACCUGCAGACGGCAGACACAGUGAUCAUCUACGACAGCGACUGGAACCCACACCAGGACCUGCAGGCCCAAGACCGCGCCCACCGCAUUGGGCAGACGCGCGAGGUGCGUGUGUUCCGGCUUGUCACCGUCAACAGCGUGGAGGAGCGCAUUCUGGAGCGCGCAAAGUACAAGUUGGACGUGGACCAGAAGGUGAUCCAGGCCGGCAAGUUCAACCGCAGCUCCACGGAGACGGAUUCGCGCGCGUAUCUCAUGGCUAUUCUCUCUGAGGUGGCGGAGGAGGGCGAUGGGACAGACGCCCUGGACAACGACGAGCUGAACCAAAUGCUUGCCCGCAGCGAUGAGGAGCUCACCAUGUUCGAGGACAUUGAUGCGCAGCAGGACAUGAAGGAUGCCAUUUGGAAGAACUCGUUCAGAAAGGCGCGCCUGGUCCAACCGUCAGAGCUGCCUGACACGAUUGCCAACGGCGACGCAAAGAUGCAUGAGGUGAUGACUCGGCCUGUGGAGCCAGAAGCGUUUGGACGCGGGAGUCGCGCUCGCAAGCAAAUCUCGUACGCCGACGAGCUGACAGAUCUCGAAUUCGCUCAGGCUGUGGAAUCGGGUGACAUUGAAGCGUUUAUUCAGCGCAAGCGGGAGCGGAAGGAGAAGAUGCGGGCAGCGCGCCAGGGCGGCAAGGGUGGGAAGAAACGUGAGGAAGAGGAGGAGGAGGAAGAGGAAGAGCCAAGGACGCCGAAGCGAUCAAGUCGUCGUUCUUCCAGAGCCGCGCCAAAGUCGAGUGGGAAGCGCCGUCAGGGCGCGGCCACACCGACCAGCGCUCGCCGCAGCACACGCGCCAAACGCGACGACGCCGGUGAAAGUGUGCAGCCAGUGGAGGGCGAAGCUGAAUAUGGUUUGAUGACCAAGCUGUACGAGCACCUGACUGCCAUGACGAACGACUCUGGCGAGUGCAUUGCGGACACGUUCCGUGAGUUGCCGGAUGAAGAGGAGGUGCCGGAGUACUACGAGAUGACAAGCGAACCGCUCGACCUCAACGACAUCAAGGACCGGGUGCGUUCUCGCGAGUACAAGUGUGUGCAAGACAUGGAGGAUGACGUGUUGCGCAUGGCGCACAAUGCCAUCCAGUACUAUGAGACCGGCUCCACAGAGUACAACAACGCCGUGUACCUAAAGAACCACUUUGCGGAGCUGAAGAAGCGCGUGAUGCCGAAGAUGAAGCUAACGCUGCGGCUCAACGAUGGGAGCAGCACGGAGACGAGUGCGGCCACAAGCGUGGCGUCGAGUGGCGCGACCACGCCCACACCACGUCGGGGCCGCAAGCGCACCGCUGCGGUUGCCACGCCCACACCGCGCCGGCGAUCCACGAGAGCGAAGCGCGCCACUUCAUCAACACCUGCCAGAGCCAGCAGCCGCCGCAGCAGCAGUCGCAGAGUGAGCUCGAGGGCGCAAAAACGCAAGCAGCAAGAAGAAGAAGAAGAGGACGAGGAAGAAGAGGACGAGGACGAGGAGGAAGAGGACGAGGCGGAGGAGGAGGAGGAUGAUGAUGAUGAGGAUGAUGAUGAUGAUGAUGAUGAUGAUGAUGAUGAUGAUGAUGAUGACGAUGAUGAUGAUGAUGAUGAUGAUGACGAGGAGGAGGACGAGGAGGAGGAGGAGGAGGAGGAGGAGGAGGAGGAGGAGGAGGAUGAUGCUGCGAAGGAGAUUGAGGCAGAGGAAGAGGAGGUGGUUCAAGCCUCGCGUAGCAGGAGCAGGAGCAGGAGAAGCAGCAGCCGCGCCAGCCGCCGUCGGCGGUAAAGCAGAGAUUGCCCAUGAAAUAUGUGUUGGCAAAGUCCGAUUUUGCCACACAUGGAACCCAACUGUGCGGGUUUUUGUGGAGCUGCGCUGAAGAGUUGUGAAUAUCGUCCAGUAAACUACGCGAACAGUA